AUGGCGGCGCAAGCAGCGUUGAUCGCCGAUACCAUUACCGGCAUGAAGCGGGCCUUGCGUAGAGAGCGUGAUGACAACGGUCCGGAUGACCCAAUUAUGGCGCCGACGAAUCGGGGCAACAAGAUGCAUGCUAAUGCUAAGUAUGUGAGCGAGGGUGCAAUGGGGUACAUAAAUGCCGAGGAAUACUACAAGCAGAAAAUUGAUCACGCUGGCUAUACGCGCUACAUUCUCCAGCCAAACCCAGCUCGCUAUGACUCGGAGGGAGACGAACUUGACGAUGAUGAUGAUGACUCCGAGGCUGAUGCUGCGGCUGCCGAGGAGAACCCGUUCUCUGGGAUUGCGCUUGAAACUCUUCUGUGUCCCUUAAAGCAUCCUUCCGAACUCCCAACCCAUCCUUCUAUGUCCCAACCAUACACAUCGCAAGCCCUAGAUCAUAUGGCCGCAGCAGUUGAACACAAGCUCCGCCAGGAACGUGCUUUGCUCUGGCGCGCGAGGAAUUUGCAUAGGAAAUUCCUGGGAGAUAGCACAUGGAUGCCAUGCGGUGUGCUCGAGACGCCGAAUGAUCACUUGAUCUACGACCCUAGACCUGUCAGCAAUGACCCAAGCGUAUAUACCGGUCAGCAGGGUCAGAGUGGGACAGGCACGCCAUCCGCCACUGAGAAUACCAAUGGCCCACCGAAUGCGACACAGGACGUACAUACGUCGAUAAUCACCGAGGACGCUCGAUAUGUACUGAACGGAACAGCAACCCUACCCUUUUCAGAGCAGAAUGACGUGGAAAUGACUGAAGUCUCAGCAACUGAGGGGGAAGUCACCAGGCAUGACGUGCAGCUUAAAUCGGAAGAUGCCGAUGCCACUGUCAAGGACCUCCCAUCUCACCCCGAUACCGAAUCUUCCGCUCAGGAGAGCAACAACAAUGCAACCGGGGCGGACUCAAAUCCACAAGACAUGUUUACAAACAAGGACGGUGAGCCCACCGAGUCGAACGAAAUUGGCGACGACACAGAACAAGACCUCGAAAUGCACGACGGGUCCUCGCCCGAACCGCCGCGUCGAAUGACAACGCGCGCCCAGGCUAAUGCCGUAAAUCCGGCCGAAAGUGGCUCCCCAAUCUCUUCUGCGGAUAUGGCCUUUCCACUACCCACCCCGCAUCCCCUCUUCCUUAUCCCCGAGAACCUCCGCGCAGACGCAAACUUCGGUCUUCCUGCUUCUGAGGCCGAAGACACCCGCCGCUUGCUCUGGUCGUAUAUCCAAAAACAAGAAGAGACAGUUCGCGGGGUGGAGCAUCUGCUCUAUUCGCUUAACGUGGCUUGCCGUAUGAAGUCGGAUGUCCUGGAAUGGUGUAAAGCCGAGGGACAUGUUGGUGAGAUGAGCGAUGGGGAAGAUUGGUAUGAUCGGGAGCAGUGGGGGCUUGCCGAGGGUGAGGAUCUGAAGAAGGGCACUGAUGAGGAUGAGGUUGAGACCGUUGAUGAGACUCGUACACAUGGGAAGAGGGGGAGGGGGAGGCGACAGUGA